AUGAAGGUGUGUUGCCGGCUGCUGUCUGCCUCAGAGGCAGCGUCGCUCAUACGUCGCGUUGGGCCCUUUGCAGUGCACCGUGGUGAGACCAAAGGCGUCAUUGAAAUUCUCUCCGGCGACCCCAAUCACCCCGUGAAGAAGCUCAACCUUCUUGGCCUCACCUAUGCAGCCGCUCUCACAGAGCUUUCAGAGCUACUCUCAGAGGAGCUCAACGCUGAAGCCCGUGUCGCCAUCUUCGCAGCACGUGACGGCUGCUCGUUUUCGGCCGGCAUCGACUUGAAGGAACUCUCGGGAAUGACGCCUCCUUCUGGCAGCGGCGCCGCUGCCGCCGUAGCAACUUCGACCGGCUCCAAAGCCCCUGCAAUGCUUCUUCAGCACCAGCACCGUGUGGUGCGCGCUUUCCAAGAUGGAAUAUCUUCGCUGGCGCGGUGCCGCAUUCCCGUCAUCGCUGCGAUCGAUGGCCAUUGCAUCGGUGGAGCUACAUCGGUCGCCUCUGCGUGCGAUGUGCGUUACACUACAACACGUGCAAUCUUUUCUGUGAAGGAGGCAGCAGUGGGCCUUGCCGCGGACAUUGGCGUGCUGCAGCGUCUUCCCGCCAUUAUUGGUGAGGGACGCACGCGCGAGCUUGCCUUUACAUGCUGCGACUUCAGCGGUGAAGAGGCGAAAGCAAUGGGCUUUGUCGAGGAAGUGUGUGCAGAUUAUCCAGCACUCCUCGCCCACGCGCGAAAGCGCGCCGCACAGAUUGCUGCCAACUCGCCACUGGGAGUGCAGAACACAAAGCUGGUUCUGAAUUGGGAACGGGAGCGCGCGGCCCAGACGUCACUCGAGUACCAAGCUGCCAUCAACGCCUUUAGUCUGCACUGCAACGAUAUCCCAGAGGCAGCGCGUGCGUUUGCUGAGAAGCGGGCGCCCGUAUUCACUGAUUACAUGGUAAACCCCAGAGGAGGCCUGCCGCAUUCAAGUCAAUCGUGA